AGACCCUCAGAGUACCCGCAGAAACCCAUCACUGCCUUCACAAAGCCCUCAGAGUACCCACAGAGACCCAUCACCACCUUCACAAGACCCUCAGAGUACCCACAGAAACCCAUCACUGCCUUCACAAGACCCUCAGAGCACCCACAGGGACCCAUCACCGCCUUCACAAGACCCUCAGAGUACCCACAGAGACCCAUCACUGCCUUCACAAGGCCCUCAAAGUACCCACAGGGACCCAUCACCGCCUUCACAAGACCCUCAGAGCACCCACAGAGACCCAUCACUGCCUUCACAAGGCCCCAACACUACCCACAGGGACCCAAACGGAGCAGACGAACGAGCAGCAGUCACAUUGACGAAGCUCGCGACCCAUGAGGAGGCCACUCGCGAGAUCGCCGCCGGUCCAAGUGCCCACGGGUGGCGCGGCCCGCGGACUCCACCUCAUCCUCCUCCACCUCCUCGUCCUCCUCCUCUGCCGGGCACGCCGGCUGCCUUGGGACCAACUGGGCCGCCCGAAGGAGAAGUUCGGGUGCCCGCGGUGCUCAUGUGGAGCAGCGUCCCGUCCCCACUGGGCCCCUCUUCCUCCGACGACGUGAACCCGACGUUUGGGAGCAGCGUAUCGGUGGGAUGCGAUGACCUCCGCCUGUGGGCAGCGCUGCCAUUGCCGGCGCUGCUCCGAGCCAACUUCCCCUGGGACUCGCUGUUCAUCGGAACCCCCGAGUGCACCGCACGCUUCGCCAACAGCACCCACGUCACCCUGCACCUGCUGCUGUCCAAGCACGUCAACCCUGGCGCCUGCGGCGCCGACGUGACCACGCAGAACACAACCCACACCCUGAUGCGAAGCGAGAUACAUGACCAGGACAAGAAACUUAAGCUCCAACUCUACUGCCUCUUGCCGAACGUACUGAACAUCACCACCGGUUUCAUACCCAUCGGGUUUGUGAUCAACGACACGGCGCAUGGGACUGGGCAGUACGAGGUGAGCGUGCGCCUUUCGCAUAGCGGCGACGGUGGCCACUCGGUGGGCCUGGCGCCCAUGCUGCACGAGUCGGAGCAGCUCGAUGUGGAACUGGCGCUCGCCAACGCGGCGCCGCCGCUCCGUCUCAUCAUUGAGUCGUGCUGGGCCACGCGCACCAACUCCUCCCACGAGCCACGUGCCCGGCUGCUCAUCAUCAACAGGUGCCCGACGGCCGCGGAGACACUGACCAUCACGGAGAAUGGGAGCUCGAGCCGCGCGGGGUUCCGCGUGCGCGUGUUCCGCCUGCUGGAGGAAACGGCGUCGCUCUUCAUUCACUGCCAGCUGCGCGUGUGCGUGGAGGCCGAAUGCGACACCGACUGCAGUCGGGCAAACUCGGCGAGACUCUUGCGGUGGGACCGCUGGGACCGGCGAUCGUCAGCAGCGACGGCGGUGCACAACGUCGUGACUCUGGGCCCCGUGCAGAGGGUGAAGCGCGACUCUCCCUCCCACGCCCACGCAGGGGACGGGACCGAAGCUGCCAUGUCUGCCGUCCUGGGAGGGCUGCUGGGCUUCUCGCUGCUCGUGCUGCUGGUGACGCUGCUCACCGUGAAACGCUGCGACGCGCACGCCUUCGCGUUCCGGCCUGGGCCCGGCGCGGGGCCCCCUUCAGCGGAACUUGCAAGGCCCGUGGACCCAGCACAGUGGAGCCUCCACAGUUGCUGAACGCGGACACCUGGCUCACACGCUAACGCUAGGGCGCCGCGGUGGCGAGAUGUUAUCUCCCUCGCCUGGUGUGCAGGAUGUCGUGGGUUCGAUCCUGACCCAAACGCCUGCUGUAUAUUUGGAGCUUGCCUGUCUCUCUCUCUCUCUCCCCGUGGUCGCAUUGAUUUUUUCCGGGUCCUCUAGUUUUUACCUCCACAUUUAGAAACAUGCCUUUAGAGUAUUUUACUGCUAUACAUUUCCACAUAAGCCACUUCGUAGAGCUAUCUAUCAUUUGUGGCCAAGACGUUUCUGAAAAAGAGCUAUAUAGCUCAGCGGGCCUUACCUGGUAAAAUAAAAAGUUGAGUUACAUUUGGUGUUUGUGAAUCGUAUGCCUUACUCUCGGGGUUGGGCUACCACCUGGCUGGAUUUCACUCAAGCAGCCGGGGCAUCGUUCGGGGUGGCACAUAUCGAUUUGCGCGAGAUUCUGGUCGCAUCGUUUUGAACUUUACUUUACAACUGAGUGCCGAUUAAGAAA